AUGACACACGAUAAGCAUUCGACGACGGCAGGGGGCGCAGCUGCUGAGGCGAGAGGAGAGCAGGUGUUGAACAAAAAGGAAAAUAAUUCGGUUGGUAAGCAAGUGGAAGCAGAGGAAAUACGGGCAAUAAAUGAAAAAACAGAAACCGGGAAUGAAAAGGAAGAAGAAAAAGCAGCAGUAGCAGUAGCAGUAGCAGCAGCGGUGCCGGAAAAUGAAACGAAUGAUGAAACGGAUGCCGAUGGGGAAGAGUACGAGGACGAAGAAGAGGAGGAAGAAGAAGAAGAAGAAGCAGAAGACGAGGAAGUCGAAUCGAAUGUGAACGCAAGCGAGAUGACAGCUGUUAGCAAGGCAGCCGGCGAUUAG